AUGGACAAUCAAGACAAGCCCUCGAGGGAUAGCUUGGACAGCCUGGCGGUGGCCAGGCAGCACGUCCGCGCCCUCACGGAUGGCGGGGUGUCGCGCCAGGCCUUGCUACGCGCCCUCCUUGAGCAAGAAGAAGCCAGCAAUGAGCUGACGGCUCUACCGUCUCUUCCCUCUCAGGCCUCACCUCGAUCUAAACUGAAGUCGAAUCCCCUCACCAGAACACUUUCCCUAUCUCAGGCCAAGACCAAAAAAUCCCACUGGUCAACCUCUACAAACAGUCGCCCGCAAGAGGAAGAAGAUCGACCUCGCAGCUCGGAUCAGCUGUCAACAUCGACCGCAAACUCGGGCUCGAGGAACAGCUACUUAUCGACCGAGACCUCAUUGUCCUCUCGGUCGAGUACGAUCACCCAGUUUCCUGGUACCGAGCUUCCUGGCAACAGGCCUGCUUCGGCAAGUACCAGGGCCUACUGGUGCACAUCUUGUGAUACCGAGUUCAAACGGAAGUUUGACUGGAAGAGGCACGAGGAUGAGUUCCACGAGCGCUAUAAAAAAUACCCAUGUCCCGACUGCAAUCGCGUGUUCUGGGGCGCCAACACCUUCAACCAGCACCACAAGACGCGUCAUAAUUGCAAGACAUGUCCUCAUGCCGACAAGGUAAUUAAGUAUACCCGUAAGAAGCGUGCGUGGGCUUGCGGUUUCUGCGCCGCCUUUCUGCCGUCCAUGGAUCGAUACAUCGACCACAUCGGUUUGCAUUAUGAGGCAGGGAGGACCAGAGCUCACUGGUAUCACUCGAAUGUCAUCUACGGACUGCUGCACCAACCCGGUGUGAACGCGGCCUGGAAACAAAUCAUAGGUGCCCGGUUCAGCCAUAUCCCUAAAGACGAACAACCUCGGUAUGGGUGGGAGAUCAAGACGACAGGAAGGAAGCAAGGGUUUUUGGAGAACGAGACAGCAGGAAACCUGCAAGAUCUCCUCGAGUUCUUCAACCCGACGAAGGAUGAUCCGGCCAAGGUCGCCCGUAUAGCAUUCGAGAUGGCAGAGUUGACCCCGGCGAAUCAGUCCCCGGGCAAGGCAAGCACCGACGACAAGCUGCAAGCUCCGCCGCCACCGCCACCAGCGCCGAAGAGGGAGAAGUCGUCGAAGAGGAGCCACAGCGGGACUCAAAAAGAGCUGUUGCCUCCGCCGCCAUCCAUGAAGGAGAGGCCGAUGACUCAGUGGCCGACCAACUAUCCGACGUCCGACGUCCACGAACUGCCCGCCUCGGAGCCCAGUAUCCAUAGUGCCGAGCUCGACUUCGACUCGACCGCACUUCCGCAGCCGCUCUUCACUACCGGCAAUUCUCUCUCACCACCACCGACGCAGACACGGUUCGCCCACGCUCCAGCCCCGAGCAUCGCGAUUUCUACCGCCUCCGAUCCUCCGCCUUACGUGACGCCUACGACACCCUUCCCGCCCAUGCCCCGUGACACUGUGGUUGAGCUACUGAACGAUUACAUGGUCCAGGACCAUAUGCAGCCCGGAAACAUGGCCGAAAUGCCUGACAUGCCCGACAUGCACCAACUUCACAACCCUCCUCCAUUCGGCACCUACGACGACUGGAACUCGAUAUGCUCAACCAUGGUCGACGACUUGGCUUCUCCAAGAGGACCGCCACUACCACUUGCGCCCCACGAGCAAUGCCAGCCCCAGCCGCAGCACCCUGUCCGCCGUUCAGAUGUAUGGGCGACUCCGGGAGACAACACAGAGUCGAUGUACAUGGAAGACGUGCAGGCGUGCGAUGUAAGAAUGCAGCAGAUGCCAACACCUUCUUUGCAUGAGAACAACGUCAGGAGAUCUGAUGUUUGGGCUGCAUCGGGCCCACCGGAUUACGAGGGGAUGGGGUACGAAAACGAAGUCGCACCACCACCGCCCCACACGAACUGGCUGUGA